UUGACAAGAAAACCCCAGGAUCAGGUUCCCCACUGAUUCCUGAUUUGUUGUAGUCCCUCCCACAGUGACCAUCCUCAUCCGCAUCAGGAGGUGGGGAUGCUGAUGAUGCUGAUGAUCAGCAGCUGCCUCCUCCUCUUUCUCUGCUCCAGCUGAGGGAGGGCUCUUCCUCCGCCUUCCAAGCGUCUGGCUGGGGCUGAAUUUGUGGACGUUCCCUGGGCAGGGAAGCAGAAGCAAAGCAGCAGCAGCAGGGAAGGCAGUGCUUUUCCCCUUCAGUGUCGCCUGCAAAGCCAGGAGCGGUCUCCAGCCUCCCAGCUGGUGUGUGUGUGUCAUUAGCCCAGUGCUUCCCCUGGUAAGGAAUCUUCUGCCAUGGUUGCUUAUGGCCUUCUCACAGGCAGUCAGGAUCCAGUGGCCUUGAGAAGCAUUUCUGUGGAUGUGGUGGUCCAAGGCUUUGUGGCUGAUGUGGUAUCUGAACUUCGGUACCAAAAUGAGGAGGAGAACCCAGUGGAGGUCAAAUUUGUCUUCCCCAUGGCUGAAGAGGCUGCUGUAUAUGCCUUUGAGGGCUUGAUUGGGGGGACACGGAUUGAGGCCCAAAUACGAAAAAAGGAAAAGGCACAGGAGGAGUAUGAGGAUGCCCUGAUUGAAGGCCGUGAGGCUUUCCUGCUUGAAAGAGAAGAAAAUGCCAGUGAUGUCUUUACCUGUGUACUUGGGAACCUUCCUUCUGAUGGGGAGGCCACACUGAAGCUGCACUAUGUCCAGGCGUUAGCUCCAGAGCCUGAUGGGGCCAUCCGCUUUGUCCUGCCUGCUGUUCUCAACCCCCGUUAUGUACCUCAUUGCUCAGAAAAUAAAAGUGUCACUACAUGUAUACCACGAGUGCCCGAGGGUCAGCUUCCAUACACACUCAGCCUCAGCGCCACUAUGAAGUCCUCCUAUGGCAUCAACCGCAUAGAGUCAAAAUGCACUCUUGAUCCCCUGCGCUACAUAACAGAAGACCAUACCGCUGCCCAGGUCUCCUUGGCUGAAGGGCACAAAUUCAAUCAAGAUGUGGAGCUGCUGAUUUAUUACAAUGAUGUUCAUAAACCCAGUGCCCUUGUAGAAGCAGGAAAGCCUGGAGCUGACCCUGGCUCGCUGAUGGGAGACCCAGUGCUUCUACUUACCUUGUAUCCCAGUCUUCCUGCUCCAAAACCUAUCCCGAAUGAUGCUGGAGAAUUUAUCUUCUUGCUGGAUCGCUCUGGCAGCAUGGACUGCAACACUUAUUCACCACGAUCACGCAUCCAGAGUGCUAAGGAAACUUUGCUUCUUCUGCUGAAGAGUCUCCCACUGGGGUGUUACUUCAACAUCUAUGGCUUUGGAACUGAUUAUGAAUCCUUCUACCCGCAGAGUGUAGAGUACUCGCAGCAGACCAUGUCAGAGUCCCUGGAGCGUCUAAAGAAGGUGAAGGCUAAUUUAGGUGGAACUGAGAUCCUGAAGCCUCUGAAGACCAUUUACAAACUGCCCUGUCAGGAAGGUCAUCCCCGUCAGCUGUUUGUGUUCACCGAUGGAGAGGUGGGUAACACAGAGCAGGUCAUUGCUGAAGUUUCUCGUCACAGAAGCUCCCACAGGUGCUUCACCUUUGGGAUUGGCCAAGGGGCCUCCACCUCCCUCAUCAAUGGCAUGGCUCGAGCAGCUGGUGGCAGUGCAGAAUUCAUCACAGAAAAGGAGCGCAUGCAGACCAAGGCACUACAGUCUUUGAAGAAGGCCCUGCAGCCAGCAGUGACAGGGUUCUCUUGGAAUUGGGACUUACCUGCUGGUCUUGAGGCUGUGCUUGUGGGAUCAGGUCCUCAGGUCAUUUUUCCAGGGCAUCGCUGCCUCAUCUAUGCCCAGAUCCAUGGGCAGAAUCAGUCUUCAGGCUCUACAGAGGGCAGUGUUGUUCUUCAGUACACCUUCCAAGAUGAAACCUUAGAGGAGACAAUGAAGUUCUCACUCCAAGUUCAGGAAAGUGACAGGCUCCCUAUUCACCGGCUGGCAGCUCAUGCCCUUUUGCAAGAACUAGAAGGAGCUGCAGAGAAAGAUGAGGAAAAGAAAUGUCUGGCACUUGAAACAAGCCUGAGUUCUGGCGUGGUGUGUGCACAAACAGCAUUUGUGGGGGUGAACAUAGAGAGGGGCAUCCCAAUUCAAGAGCCCCUUCUCCAGCGUGAAGUCCCUCUUGAAUGGUGCUAUCCUUCGAAGCCACGUUUAUUUGCAAAGCGAACAAAACGUGCAGCUAUUGCAACAGUGAAGUUGGAGUCAAUGGAGUUGGAAGCAAUAAAGAUGUGUGUUAAGGAAAGGGACUGUGUACUUCAAACAGUAAACUCCCCAACUUCAGAGCACUAUUCUGAAGAUGAUCCACAUGCCAUAGGCUUUCCAUCUUCAGAUAGUGAGUCUGUGCCAAAAAAGGCAGAAUCCCUUCUCUUGACCCUGAUCUCCUUGCAGAAUGCCAAUGGUUCCUGGCUUCUCAAUUGUGGCCUGGCCAGCAUCCUUGGAUUAGCUGAAGCUGACAUUAUGAGCAAAACACCUGCCCAAGUGGCCCCAAAUGUGUGGGCAACAGUGCUGGCUAUCCUCUGGCUCCACUCCCAUGCUAAAGAACAGAGCAAUGAAUGGGAGCUACUGGAAAUGAAAGCUCUAAGAUGGCUCUGGGCAACAGAAGGACUUCAGCUGGCUGAAUGUAUAAAGGCUGGAAAUGUUCUGCUGGGAACCAGUGUAAGCCUCCAAGAUUUUGGUCUCUGAGCUGCAAUAUGUAAUCCUGCAUCUUAAACUGGGACUUCUGCUUUACUGUGUCUUGCUGUUCCUGAACCUGCUGUUUCUCUACAGUUAUGUCAGUGCCUCCUUCUCCUAGGAUUAUUGCCAAUCUUUAGAGUGCCUUAGUGCAGGGAGUGGGCAAGAGAUAAAUGGUGGUCCGCCACAUGGCUACUGGCUUUUCAGGUGGACCCUUUACUGUAUAGUGCAUAUUGUUACUUUUGCAGUGAGUGCUUGAUUUAAGUGCAUUAUGGCUGAACCUAGCAAACUAGUUACAUUCAAAAGCAAAAAGGCAUUCUCAGAAUUAACACAGAAUGGUGGUGCCUUAACUGUUACAAGAUUCUGAGUUUGCACCCAUGCUUUUUAGUUUUGUAGUAUUUGGGAAUAUAGUACAGUGGAGGAAGGACAUGUCAGAAUGAAGUCAUCUCACCCCUGCCUGAGUCUCUUUCCUCCUUGAUGGCAUGCCAUGAUUUCUUCUCACUCAAGAUGGCUUUCCCGGCCCUCAAAUGCCUUAUCUUAGCAGAGUUCUGUUGCUUUCCCCAAAACUCUCUACAGAACAAUGUUUCUUGAGCAAUACUACUAAGAGUUCCUUCUUUGUCACUGUUCUACAUGAGAACAUUCUGAAAUAGGUUGUCCUUCUCUCAUACUGCAGUAAAUAGGAAUGAUGGAGUGGAUGGUGCACUCCAUAGAGAGGAAAAGCAAGCUACAGAGCCCAGUCUCAUUCCUGCCUCAGCUCCAACAGUUUUUCCAAGACCUUCUCUCUGUCAGUUUUUAAAACGUACCAGUCAAUGAGAUUAAAAAUGAAUAAAUCUUAAAAAUCAAAUCCAGCUCACGACACAACACAAUUAAGAUACAGUGUAAAUUACAGCAAAUUCUUAACGAUAAGAGUAAUUUGAUAAAAGAACCAUGUGUUGGAGGAUCUGUCUCUCUCUCACUGGAGUUCUGCAAGCAGUCUCAACAGCCAUCUGUUAAAGUUGUUUUUGCUCUGGAAUUUCCUGCACUGAGCCGCAAGGUUGGAUUAUAUCACCAACAAGAACCUUUGUAAUUGAAGUGAACUAUUACCUAUGCUAUGCCAAAGUGUGUGCUUGUAGCACUGUUCAGUCACUGAGCCAGAUUAAACUGCAUGAAAAAAGA